GUCGGUGGCUUUUUCUUCUCAGCGCACGAGUCGCGCUCGAACGGCCCGCGCGCUUGCUGCAGGAACCAGCUCCAGGCGCUGGCGCCGGGGCCGCGGGAGGAAGCGACUUUGCUCUCUGCAGCGGGCGCGUCCCUGGGCACCGCGAGCCUCCGGAGCUCCCAGAGCUGCGGCCUCUCUGUGCGCGGUAGGCGGCGCGGGACACCGACGACCCGUUGGGCAACACAGAGUGCUUCACAACCUUUGGAGAUCACCUAGCAACCUCCCUUAGGGGUUCUGUCCGGCCCUGACUAGAGAUCUGGAGUCAACGCCCCGAGAUUGAUGAGUUUGCCUUGGGAGUCAGUGAAAAGGUGAAAUAGAGGUCAACAUGGGUCAGAAGGUCACGGGAGGGAUCAAGACUGUGGACAUGCGGGACCCCACAUACCGACCUCUAAAGCAGGAGCUCCAGGGUCUGGAUUAUUGCAAGCCCACCCGGCUGGACCUGCUGCUCGACAUGCCCCCCGUGGCCUACGACGUACAGCUGCUCCACUCCUGGAACAACAAUGACCGUUCACUCAAUGUCUUCGUGAAGGAAGAUGACAAGUUGAUCUUUCACCGGCAUCCGGUGGCCCAGAGCACGGACGCCAUCAGGGGCAAAGUCGGGUACACACGUGGACUGCAUGUAUGGCAGAUCACAUGGGCCAUGAGGCAACGAGGCACGCACGCCGUGGUGGGGGUGGCCACAGCAGAUGCCCCUUUGCACUCCGUUGGGUACACAACCCUUGUAGGAAAUAACCCUGAAUCCUGGGGCUGGGACCUGGGGCGUAACCGUCUCUACCACGACGGCAAGAACCAGCCAAGUAAAACAUAUCCAGCCUUUCUGGAGCCAGAUGAGACAUUCAUUGUCCCUGACUCCUUUCUCGUGGCCCUGGACAUGGAUGACGGGACCCUGAGUUUCAUCGUGGAUGGACAGUACAUGGGAGUGGCUUUCCGGGGACUCAAGGGUAAAAAGCUGUAUCCCGUGGUGAGCGCCGUCUGGGGCCACUGUGAGAUCCGUAUGCGCUACUUGAACGGACUUGAUCCUGAGCCCCUGCCACUCAUGGACCUGUGCCGGCGUUCGGUGCGCCUAGCGCUGGGUAAGGAGCGCCUGGGUGCCAUCCCCGCUCUGCCGCUACCUGCCUCCCUCAAAGCCUACCUCCUCUACCAGUGAUCCACAUCCCAGGACCGCCAUAUGACAGCCACCUGGUGCCAACUCACUGAGCCGUUGGGGCCCACUGACCCCCUGCGCCUGGGAUGGACGCCCACCCUCAGCCACGGGCCAGCGUGCCCUCCCAUCCUACCAGCUGCCUCUCUGGGUGGACCGAUGCCAACGGACUCCUCCCUUCCCAACACUGGCUGAAGCAGCAGCAUCCAGGCCCUCCCCUCAACCAGAUGCAGAGAAUAAACUAUGAGAACCUCUCUCAGGCGCCUUCUGCUCUCAAGUGGAGUGGGCUGUCCCCACUCCCUGCAGAGGGAGUCUACAGCCACCUGGGGGGUGUCCUGGGGCAUAGCGAGGCUAGCGGGAGAUGCCAGGACCAAUUCCAGGACCAGGCCACACAGAAGAAGCUCAGGAUGUCACAUACCAUGGACACUGAGACAGAACCCCAGGUUGGACCUCCCUUGGGCCCACGAGUGCCAGCUUUAACGUCAGCUGCCGGUGCUUCGUGCCCUGUAUUUAUUCUUUCAACAGUAGCAGAGGCCAUUUAUUUAUUCCACAUAGAAAGGAAACCGUGUUGGGUGGCUUCCCUUCAUGUCCUCUGUCUCUUUCCCAUACCUCCCUGGAAUGUGUGUGCUACACCUGUCCUUCCCCGGGGGCCAGGCCUGUGGCCCGUGAGCUGGUGUGCACAGAUACAGGUAUGUUGUCAUCGUGUACGACCCUUGACCCAGUUUCAGAGUAGUUCUGUACCAGAGAAGCCCCCGGGAGAGGCCUGUGCAAUUCCCAUGUCCCCAGGAACUUGCUUCUAUGACCUUGGGCACACAUACGCCGUCACACGUGGUUUGGUCUCUUGUCUUCCAUGAGCUUUGAAUUUUGCCCCCAACUCUUCUGAUAUUUCCCAUUAGCCAUUGGCGUCCCCCAAAGCUCUAGGCCUGGAAGACUAUCAGGAUACACGGAGUGAGUGGGGUCUCCGCCGCCCCCUCUCCCGAAAAGCCACAGGCAAGGCAGGAUCAGAGAGACCAAGAGCAGGGUGGGGCGCCACGGAAGCCUGUGCCCGUCAGGCUCAAGACACCGCCACACACACCCUCAAGCCUCAGAAGUGGGGUGUCGGGCAGCCCCAGGAGAUGAAUGCCUGUUCCUAGCGGUGCAAGCAGGGAGCACACUACACCUGCUCCAGCUCCCUGCGUGUUUCUCAUACUUUAGAAUCAACUCCCUCAACUGGGAAUGUAGAGGCCUUGCCUAGCAUGCAGAAAGCUCAGGUUCCCAUCCCCUGCACCAAGGAGAAUCAAAGCUCAGGAGGCUGAGGCAGGAGGAUUGCUAUUCGGUGAUGUACAGAAGUCGUGGCCAUGCCAGGCUAUGUCCUUUAAGAAAAAGAAAGGAAACCAACUUCCGUUGAAUCUGAGUUCUAUUCAUUUCUGCACAGGUACAGUAGAUGACUUUAUUUGUUGAAAAUGUUUAAUAUAUUUACAUAUAUAUAUUUGUAAGAAUCAUUUUAAGCAGCUGCUGUAGGGUACCUUUUUUUUUUUUAAAUAAAAAAAAUCUUCCAGUAGAGUAUAAUUUUUAAAGCACAGAACUGGUGCCAAGACUAGAUAAAGAAUGUAAAUUAUUCCAUUUAUAUUUUGAGGUUCUUUUCCUUUGGGGACCUUUGUCGGACUGUAAAACCUUACUCGUUCCCAUUUUGGAGUGGGUCAUAUCCAAUCCUAAAGAUCCCAGCUUAUCAUCUCGAUCCAGCUGUGCCUCCACGGAUGCUGGUGAAUCGUCAGGCUCUCCUGUGUCCCCCAUACUCCACCACCCCAGGACUCACCGCACCUCCCUGACGUCCCGUCACCAUCACCGCAAGCCUUGUGGCAUGUAUAGUUCUGAAACCCCCGUUCCGUUCUGUUCUAUGAUGACUCAUAACAGUCAGUAACCUAAUAAAGGAAAGUUUGUUAAA